AUGGAGUCAGAGAAGGUGGCCAUCGUCGGUGCCGGCUGGGCCGGCCUCCAGACUUUGCAGAGCUUGAAGGAGUUAGGGGUGGAGGCGGAGGUCUUCGAGAGCCGUGGCUCAGUGGGCGGCACUUGGACAACGGACAUGAGCUACCACGGCUUGCAGGUACACAGCCCCAUGUUCACGAAUUUGAUGACCUUCAAGGGCCAGGCCUUCCCUUUCAAGGGCAUGACGGAGGAGAGCCUCCGUGAGAAGCUUGAUGCCGGCUCUGUGAGGGAAUACCUGGAAAGCUUUGCCCAGAAGAUGGGGCUCAAGGAGAUGAUCCACCUGAACAGCAGGGUCAAGGAGAUCCGCUACCACUCCAAGUCGCAGAAGGCUUACCUCCUCGUGGAGAGCGAUGGCGCCGAAGUGGAGAAGGGGCCCUACCGCCUCGUGGUCUACUCUUCCUUCGCUGCCAAGGCGGCCUGGCCGAAGAUCCCCAUGCAGGGCUUCGAGGGGAAGCUCCUGCACUCCAGCCAGUUCAAGGAAGACGUCAUGGAGGAGAUCAUCAAGAAGGACUUGAAGGUGCUUGUGGUGGGAGGCGGCAAGUCUGGCUGCGACAUGAUUUGCGCCUUCCAAAAGAAGGGCUACAAGCAGCUCACCUGGCUCUUCCGGGCUCCGUAUUGGUUCUUGAGGUAUGCCCCGGUAACUAAUGGAGGAUUCAGAGGUUUUCUCUUCCUCUGCAGCCUCCUCCUCUUCCUCUUCUCAUACCAGCUGCCCGUCGUCGUGGCCUGGCUCAUCGGACACUUGGUGCUGCCCAAGUCUGAAGGAGGCGCGCUGCCACAGCACUUCGACGGCCGACGCUUCCACUUCGGCAUCUUGGACGACAAGCAGGUGGCCUUCGUUGAGCAGGUGGCUGCCAAGCAGGGAGAGCCCAAGGAACUCACCAAGGAGGGCAUGCAGCUGGAGAGCGGAGAGAUGUUGAAGUGCGACGUUGUGAUCUACGCCACGGGCUACGAGACCGGUUGGGGUGAUCUGAAGUUGCUGAAGGAUGGCGAGGUGGUCGAUGCUGGUGAUGUCAAGCUCUACCACCACGCCGUGGUGCCCAACUUCCCCUGCCUCAUGUCCGCGUCCACGGCCUUCUUCCAGUUCGGACCAUGUCGGGGUCUCACCACGGCGCAGUACAUCACCUGGUACCUGCAGGCUGCCCCAAGCGAGGCGGAGAUGAUCGCCACAGCUCAGCAGAAUUGGUCGAGCCAGAGUGCCGGGAAGUCCAACGGCUUCCGAUCCGACCAAGCCUUCACAGCGGAGUUCCUGCUCUUCUACCUGGAUUUGUGGCGGGGGGGCAUGGUCUCCAUCUUCGGAAUGCUGAAGAUCUUCGUGGAUCUCUUCGUGAUCAGCAAGAUGUCGCCUCUGGUACUGACGAAGGGAACAAUGCCUGCCUUCCCGAAGUAG